UAAAAAAAAAUCAACUGUUCUUCCUUUUUCCACCAAAAAAAACAAAAGAACUUUUGUUGAAUUUCAAAACAAUGCACUCUCUUCCUCCAUUCCACCUCCUCCGACACCCUCCUCCUCCCCCACCACCACAUUCCAUGGCCAAGAAUCUACCUGAAUAAUCCCAUACUCUCUUUUCUCUCCACCACCUCUCUCACUUCUCUUUCCAUCAUCAAGUCAUGAGUCCCUCUUAUUGCUUAUCUUCUCCCAGAACCACCAUAAAACCAGAAGCUUUCCUCCUCCACAACAACUCUCACCACCUCCAUGUCUCCACCAGACACCACUCUCUCAUUUUCAAGCCAAACCAACCACCCCCAACACUCAAAACCUGUAAACUCACACACCCUUUUGCUUCCUUAUCGUCUUUCGCCGAAUCAGAAGGCCAAGAAAUCAAAUCGAAAGACCCACCACAAGAAGAUUCGACACCCUCCGGGUUAGCACAGGCCUUUGGCAUUUCGUCGAGCACCGCGUCUGCAAUAUCGAUUUGCAUAGCAAUUGCUGCUCUGACACUCCCAUUUUUCAUGAAAUCAUUGGGUCAGGGGCUGGGAUUGAAGACGAAAUUGCUGUCCUACGCGACUCUGCUUUUUGGGUUCUACAUGGCUUGGAAUAUUGGGGCCAAUGAUGUUGCUAAUGCCAUGGGGACUUCGGUGGGUUCGGGGGCUCUGACGCUCCGGCAAGCGGUGUUGACUGCGGCGGUGUUGGAGUUCUCUGGAGCUUUGUUGAUGGGGACUCAUGUGACAAGUACAAUGCAGAAGGGGAUACUUGUUGCUGGUGUUUUUCAGGGGAAAGAUAAUCUGCUUUUUGCUGGUUUGCUCUCUUCUUUGGCUUCUGCUGGUACUUGGUUGCAGGUUGCGUCAUAUUAUGGUUUGCCUGUUUCCACUACACACUGUAUUAUUGGAUCCAUGGUUGGAUUUGGCCUUGUCUAUGGGGGACCUGGCGCAGUCUUCUGGAGUUCCCUGGCGCGGGUGACUGCAUCCUGGGUGAUCUCACCUUUAAUGGGAGCAAUGAUGUCAUUUCUUGUCUACAAAUGCAUCCGUAGGUUUGUUUACAGUGCUCCAAACCCGGGACAAGCAGCUGCUGCAGCUGCACCAAUCGCUGUCUUAGUGGGCAUUACCGGAAUCUCAUUUGCCGCCUUCCCUCUUAGCAAAACCCUUCCUAUAGCUCUGGCCCAGGCUCUAGCCUGUGGCACUGCUGGCGCAAUUGUCGUUGACAGAAUCAUCCGGAGACAGCUUGGUCACCUCCUUAUCAAGCCCGGCUCACCAGAGUUAGAGCCAAAGGACAACAUUGUCCAAAACAAAAACAUCGGGUUUCUUACAGAUGUUGCAGGCCCUAAAGGUACCCAGCUGGAAAUAGUUUAUGGUGUGUUUGGCUACAUGCAAGUCCUAUCCGCCUGCUUCAUGUCAUUCGCCCAUGGCGGAAAUGAUGUCUCCAAUGCAAUUGGCCCUUUGGCUGCCGCACUAUCAAUCCUUCAAGGUGGUGCAAGCGGUGCCGAGAUUGUUAUCCCUAAUGACGUUCUCGCUUGGGGAGGUUUCGGGAUUGUUGCAGGGCUUAUGGUGUGGGGGUACAGAGUGAUAUUGACAAUCGGGAAGAAGAUAACAGAACUAACACCUACUAGAGGGUUCGCAGCUGAGUUUGCGGCCGCUUCUGUGGUUCUCUUUGCAUCGAAGUUGGGCCUACCCAUCUCGGCAACACAUACUCUGGUCGGUGCAGUCAUGGGAGUCGGGUUUGCAAGGGGACUUAACAGUGUUAGGGCAGAAACAGUGAGGGAGAUUGUGGCUUCUUGGGUUGUGACAAUACCAGUUGGUGCUAUUGUCUGUGUUUUCUACACAUGGAUCUUGACUAAGUUAUUGUCAAAUAUACUGUAAGGGUAUAUUCAAGAGACAAAUAUCGCAAACAGAAUAUGUCAUCUGUAGGAGUUCAUAUUUUUUUGAAGUGGACUGGUCGAAUGAUUAUAUUUGAACAUUUAGCUUGAUUUCCUGCCCAGGUUAAAAUCACUACAAUUUGAAUUUAGAGAACAUGAAUAAUAUUUGGUAAUGAAAUUGGUUUC